AUGCGGGCCCUCCUCAGCCGCGGGGCCGCCAUCUGGGGCCGCCUCUCCCCGGCUGCCUCGCGCUGCAGCGUUCUCGCGCCCCGCAGCUUCGCCUCAGCAGCAGCAGCAGCUGCUGCUGCUGCGCCUGCUGCAGCAGCGGCCAAGGCCUCAGCAGCAGCAGCAGCAGCAGCAGCAGCAAGCGGGGCCCGCAAGGGCCCCACGGGCCGCAUUGCCCAGGUAAUUGGCGCUGUUGUUGACGUCGAGUUUGAGGGCCCUUUGCCUCCGAUUUUGAAUUCGCUGGAGGUGCAGUUGGAGCCGGAGGAGCAGCAGCAGCAGCAGCAGCAGGGGCAGCAGCAGCAGCAGCAGCAGCAGCAGCCGCAGCGGCUCGUGCUCGAAGUGGCGCAGCACUUGGGCGAAAAUGUUGUCCGCACAAUUGCCAUGGAUGCCACUGAGGGCCUCGUCAGGGGGCAGCCAGUCACAGACACAGGGGCCCCUAUUCAAGUUCCUGUGGGGCCGGAAACUUUGGGGAGAAUCAUGAAUGUUCUGGGGGAGCCGAUAGACGGCUGCGGGCCGAUUCCCGCGCGGACCAAGUACUCGAUCCACCGCGCGGCGCCGCCCUUCGCCGACAUGGCCGGCGAUCCAGGAAUGCUGGUGACUGGAAUAAAGGUGGUGGACCUGAUGUCUCCGUACGCGAAGGGGGGGAAGAUCGGGCUCUUUGGAGGCGCUGGAGUCGGGAAGACAGUCUUGAUAAUGGAGUUGAUAAACAACGUCGCGAAGAAGCACGGGGGCUUUUCGGUCUUCGCCGGAGUCGGCGAACGCACGCGCGAAGGCAACGACCUCUACCACGAAAUGCUCCAAACCGGCGUCAUCCGCCGCCGCCCCCUCCCUCCGCAGCAGCAGCAGCAGCAGCAGCAGCAGCAGCAGCAGCAGCAGGAGUAUGACUUCACCGGAAGCAAGGCGGCGCUCGUUUACGGGCAAAUGAAUGAGCCUCCAGGAGCUAGAGCUCGAGUGGCUCUCACAGGACUUGCUGUUGCGGAAUAUUUCCGAGAUGAAGAGCAGCAAAAUGUACUUUUGUUCAUCGACAACAUCUACAGAUUCACGCAGGCCGGCAGCGAGGUGUCUGCGCUGCUGGGGCGGAUUCCCUCGGCCGUGGGCUACCAGCCCACGCUGGCAGCAGAACUGGGGCUGCUGCAGGAGCGGAUUGCUGCAGCAGCAGCAGGAUCGAUAACUUCUGUUCAAGCUGUUUAUGUCCCCGCAGAUGACUUAACUGAUCCAGCUCCAGCAGCAACUUUUUCGCACUUAGAUGCCACAACAGUUCUUUCAAGGAAGAUCAGCGAGCUGGGCAUUUACCCCGCGGUGGACCCGCUCGACAGCAGCAGCAGGCUGCUGCAGCCUGCUGCUGUCGGGCAGCAGCACUAUGCUGCAGCAAGACGCGCGCAGCAGCUGCUGCAGGAGUACUGCAGCUUGCAAGACAUAAUUGCAAUUCUGGGCAUUGAAGAACUCGGAGAAAAAGACAAGUUGACAGUCUCGAGGGCCAGAAAGCUGCAGCGCUUUCUCUCGCAGCCGUUUGCUGUCGCUGAGGUCUUCACCGGAAAACAGGGAAAAUUCGUCGAAGUCGAAAACACUGUAAACGCCACGGAGUUUAUUCUUUCGGGAAAUGCUGAUGAACUCCCAGAGGCCGCCUUCUAUAUGUGCGGAGGGCUCGAAGAAGUCAAGGAAAAAGCCCUCAAAAUGGCGCAGCAAACCUCGUUCUAG